GAUCUACACCUACUUCAGUAGUGAGCUCUUCUUCUUCUUCUUCUUCUUCUUCUCGUAUCUUCCUCACUCUCUCCGUUAGGUGAAAAUCAAUCAAUGGCGCCGGCGAUUUCCCUGUUGGCUAACUCCGACAUUGCGUCCGCGAAAACUUCCACCGGACGUUACGCCUCCGUUUACAGUGAAGUACAGAACAGCCGUCUCGAUCAUCCGCUCCCUCUCCCAUCUGUCCUCCGUAAGCCCUUCAAAGUCGUCGACGGUCCCGCUAGCUCUGCCGCCGGCCAUCCAGAGGAGAUCGCAAAGUUGUUUCCUGGCUUAUUUGGUCAACCAUCAGCAGCAUUGGUGCCAGAUGAUUCGGGUGAUGUUGCAAUGAACCAGAAUUUGAAGAUUGGAGUGGUUUUGUCUGGUGGCCAAGCACCUGGAGGGCAUAAUGUUAUUUCCGGAAUUUUUGAUUAUUUGCAGGACCAUUGCAAAGGAAGCACAUUGUAUGGGUUCAGGGGUGGACCAGCUGGGAUCAUGAAGUGCAAGUAUGUGAUCCUCACACCAGAAUAUAUCUACCCAUACAGAAAUCAGGGUGGAUUUGAUAUGAUUUGCAGUGGGAGGGACAAGAUUGAGACUCCAGAGCAGUUUAAGCAAGCUGAAGAAACAGCAAAAAAGCUUGAUUUGGAUGGGCUUGUAGUGAUUGGUGGAGAUGAUUCAAAUACUAAUGCCUGUCUUCUUGCUGAAAACUUUAGGAGUAAGAAUUUGAAAACUCGUGUGAUUGGAUGUCCAAAAACCAUUGAUGGUGAUUUGAAAUGCAAGGAGGUUCCCACAAGUUUUGGGUUUGAUACAGCAUGCAAGAUAUAUGCUGAAAUGAUUGGAAAUGUCAUGAUAGAUGCUCGCUCAACAGGGAAAUACUAUCACUUUGUACGGCUUAUGGGGCGUGCUGCUUCCCACAUUACUUUAGAGUGUGCCUUGCAAACGCAUCCAAACGUCACUCUGAUUGGAGAAGAGGUUUUUGCAAAGAAAGAUACUCUGAAAAACGUUACUGACUACAUUGCUGAUGUGAUCUGCAAACGUGCAGAGCUGGGAUACAAUUAUGGUGUCAUACUCAUACCAGAAGGGCUUAUAGAUUUCAUUCCUGAGGUUCAGCAGCUCAUUGCAGAAUUGAAUGAAAUUUUGGCUCAUGGUGUUGUAGAUGAUGCUGGUGUUUGGAAAAGGAAACUGACCCCACAAUGUCUGCAGCUUUUUGAGAUAUUGCCUCAAGCUAUUCAGGAUCAAUUGCUGCUUGAGAGAGAUCCACAUGGCAAUGUGCAGGUUGCCAAGAUUGAAACUGAAAAAAUGCUUAUUCAAAUGGUUGAAACAGAGUUGGAGUUGAGAAGGAAAAGUGGUUCAUAUAAUGGUCAAUUCAAGGGGCAGUCCCACUUUUUUGGUUAUGAAGGAAGGUGUGGCUUGCCAUCAAAUUUUGAUGCCACAUACUGUUACGCCUUGGGCUAUGGUGCUGGGGCACUACUUCAAAGUGGGAAGACAGGAUUGAUAUCAUCGGUUGGAAACUUGGCUGCACCAGUUUCAGAUUGGACCGUGGGCGGAACUGCUCUGACUUCAUUGAUGGAUGUUGAGAGAAGACAUGGUAAAUUCAAGCCUGUGAUAAAGAAAGCAAUGGUGGAGCUCGACGGUGCUCCGUUCAAGAAGUUUGCGUCAAUGCGGGAAGAAUGGGCCCUAAAGAACCGCUACUUGAAUCCGGGUCCAAUUCAAUUUGUUGGUCCAGUUGCUGAUCAAGUAAAUCACACAUUGCUUUUGGAGCUCGGGGCUUAAUCCUAAGUGAACAGAGAAAGUAGUAAAUCACUGUAUUUUAAUGGACUAUUCCAUGUAGAGACAGUUAUUAUUUUCUUUCCUGCCAUUGGCUUGUACUUUUAAGCACUAGUUUCAUACUUUUCGAAUGUGAACAAUCAGUUUUGAGCCAUUUAGCGAAUUGGUAUUACUGUGCCUAUUGUUAAAUUGUCGGAUGAUUUGUUGGA